AUGAGAAACUAUGGUGAUAAUUAUUUAAAAGCCUUGAGAAAUAAUAUACUACUAAUAAGUUCUCCUCAAUCGCAAUUACGAUUAGAACUAGAGUUUGCAAAUGCGCUCCUAAGACCUGAGUUCGAAACCGCAGUCCUAGGACCAGGGCUUGAAACCGCAGUCCUAGGACCAGAGCUUAAAACCGCAGUCCUAGGACCAGAGCUUAAAACCGCAGUCCUAGGACCAGAGCUUAAAACCGCAGUCCUAGGCCCAGGGCUUGAAACCGCAGUCCUAGGACCAGAGCUUGAAACCGCAGUCCUAUUGUUAUUAAAUUUCUGUGAGACCGCAUGGACUGAAACACGGGACUGGAUCGCCUUGUAUAUUGCAGGAUUGAAGUCCUGA